AUGGAACUCAGCAAUUCUAUCACCGAAAAGAAGAACCAGCAAGUUGAGAUAUUCCAAAAAUUUGCCACGGAAUUGAAACGCGGUGAUUCUGGCGAUAGCAGCAAACUAGUUUUGACCUUCAAUGACUUUAUAGACCUGAUUUCAAGUUCUCGGUCUUUGUACUCAAGAUUUACAGAUCACUCUUACAACUUAAACCAAAUUCCUGAUAAGGCGUUCGGAUGCAUUUUUUUUGCAGUAGAUGAGAACAACAAAGGCUAUUUAACAUUGAACGACUGGUUUCAUUUCAAUAACCUAUUGGAGUGCAACAAUUACCAUCUUAUUAUUCUCUAUGAAUUUUUCAGGAAGUUUGAUGUCGCAAACCUUAAGAGGAAAGCUGCUUCAAUAGAAAACUCUUCCCCUAGUGCCAUCAACAUAGCCAACAACCCCAGGAUAAGACCUCCUAAUUAUGGCAGUAAGUUCCUGAGCUUCGACAGCCUUUACUUGGAUCUCACCCAGUUCAAAUCUACCAUCAAGUUUUUGCAGGAAUGUGUUGACAAUGAAUUUAUCACCGCUAAUAACCUUUUUCUGAAUUGGGAUGAAUUUAGGUGGCUUAAAUUUUACCAAUCCUUCCCUUAUGGUCUAAGGGAAGGUUCACAUAUUAACCUCAACUCACUUGUAACUAUUUUACAAAAUGACCUAAAGAACGAAAAACUGUUUAUGGGCUUUGACAGGUUGUCACAUACCAACCACAAGAACCAUUCCUUGGUGUUGAACAAGAACCAACUUGUAUACCUGUUGAAAGUAUUUUAUUCCCAUAGAAUUUCGGCAGAUGUUUUCAACUCACUUGACCUUUCUAACACGAAAAUGAUAAAGUCAAACAAUAAUUAUAUCAACUACAAUGUCUUCAAGGAUAUCUUCUAUUUAUUCCAGAACUUUGAUUUGUUGAAUCAAGUUUUUAUGAGAUACGCAAAGACACAUAAUUUCGACGAUCAGGACUUAAGAGAAUGCUAUAUCUCUAAAGAAGAUUUGACACAUUUUUUGAGCGUUGAGUACAAUAAAGUUAACAACAUCACCGAGUUCUCGCCCUCACAGAUCAGUCUCUUAUUUUCUAUCGUUGCAAAUUCGAAGAGGAACAAACUCAUUGAAAAAAGUCUAAACACGCACCAUGAAGACUCGACUAUUGAAAGAUUCAUUCAAACUGAUUUCUGUCAUGGAAUGAGCCCAAAAAACCAAGAGUUGAAAGAGUUCAACAAUAAUUAUCGUGAAGUCAUAGGAGGAAUGUCUGGAGAGCUCGAUACCGCUAAAAACAGGCGACAAACGACAAAAGCUGGUCUCAUUGAUCGAAUUUUGAAGUCUAAGGAAACUGAUGAAACUUGGUUGGAAUUUAAUUUGACAAUGGAAGACUUUAUGAAAAUCUUGAAUCCAAACUAUUUGAAUGAUCUUGUACAUCAGAUGGAAAUACGCCGCAUACAAUCUGAAUCUUUGUACACUAACUUUUAUUUCUUUCCAAUAUUCGAUUCGAUUUACAACUUUUUGUUGGGGUCUGUCGCAGGGUGUAUUGGAGCCACUGCUGUUUACCCUAUCGACUUAGUUAAAACAAGGAUGCAAGCUCAGAGAAACUUUUCUCAGUACAAAAAUUCAAUUGAUUGCUUCGUCAAGAUUUUCUCUAGGGAAGGUGUGCGAGGAAUUUACUCUGGACUGGGCCCACAAUUAGUCGGAGUAGCCCCAGAGAAAGCCAUCAAGUUGACCGUGAAUGACUACGUUCGUAAAAUGUUGAUGGACAGCAAUAACCAUUUAACUUUACCACUGGAAAUUUUAUCUGGGGCAUCGGCAGGUGCUUGUCAAGUCAUAUUCACUAAUCCCUUGGAAAUUGUUAAAAUUAGACUGCAGGUUCGGUCAGAAUACGCCGAAAGUAUAUCAAGAUCACAGGUUAACGCUUUUGGAAUUGUAAAGUCGCUUGGGUUGAGAGGCCUUUACCGAGGUAUAGGCGCUUGUCUCAUGAGAGACGUUCCAUUCUCAGCAAUCUACUUUCCCACGUAUGCGCAUUUGAAGAAAGAUAUUUUCAACUAUGAUCCGCAAGACAAAAACGGAAGGACAAGGUUACGUACCUGGGAGCUUCUUACGGCUGGUGGGCUGGCUGGAAUGCCUGCUGCCUAUCUAACAACGCCGUUUGACGUAAUAAAGACGAGGCUUCAAAUAGACCCAAGAAAAGGGGAAACUAAGUAUAAUGGCAUAUGGCACGCGGCUAAGACUAUUUUAAAAGAAGAGCGAUUCAAGAGCUUUUUCAAAGGUGGUGGUGCGCGUGUCUUAAGGAGCUCACCUCAAUUUGGUUUCACCUUGGCUGCAUACGAGAUAUUUCAAAAUCUAUUUCCUCUCAAGCACUCGGAGGUUAAUAACACGAAACAGGACGACGACACACCAAUAGUAACUGGAAUGUUUUCCAGUUUUCUAGAGAGUUUAAAAAAGUCCUCCAACCAGAAUGUCGAAAUAACUGAAUUUUUUGGACCCUCUGUUGACCCAUACAGCUCAAACUACCUUAACUAUUACUAUAAAAGCUGUCAAGUGGCCAAGUUAUUUAUUGAUUUGGAUUACAACUUCGCUAAAUUUGAUUUUGGCGUGUAUUCCAAGUUUCACAAAUUUGUCAAAGAUGCCGAAUCGCCUUCAAAGUGA